UGCUCACGCAUGCGCAAACAAUAAGGAAAAUAAAUGGCCGCCGUCUGUGUUCAUAGUAGUAAGGCAUCAUAACAAACACGUAAGCCUGCAAGAGAAACUGCUGCAAAAUAUCUCUGUAACGUCAUUUUAUUGUACAGAUUAAUGUUUUAGCUAAAGGAAAUAUGUAUGAUGAUAUUACAGAAUCAGAGGAAAGCGAGUUGUUGGACUGGCAGCUGCCACUCGCCUUCAUGAAAAAGAGACACACCGAGGCGAUAACAGGAGGCAAUGUAGUGACCCAGACAUGGCGAAUGAAGGAGCGGAUGAAAACAGUUAGUGUUGCUUUAGUUCUGUGUCUCAACGUAGGGGUUGACCCUCCGGAUGUUGUUAAGACCACGCCCUGUGCUCGACUGGAGUGCUGGAUAGAUCCUCUAUCAAUGAGUGCACAGAAAGCUCUGGAAGCAAUUGGGUUGAAUCUACAGAAGCAAUAUGAACGGUGGCAGCCACGAGCACGUUACAAGCAAAGUCUGGACCCAACUGUAGAAGAAGUAAAAAAAUUAUGCACAUCGUUGCGACGCAACGCUAAAGAAGAACGUGUUCUCUUCCAUUAUAAUGGCCAUGGAGUGCCACGGCCAACAACGAAUGGAGAGAUAUGGGUUUUCAACAAAAGCUACACGCAGUACAUACCACUUUCAGUGUAUGAUCUGCAGACAUGGAUGGGUAGCCCGUCGAUCUUUGUGUACGAUUGUUCCAAUGCAGGCCUGAUACUCGAAUCUUUUGAACAUUUCUCAGCUCAGAAGGUACAUGAAAGAGAGCUGGCAACAAUAAAUAGUCAUACACUUCCAAAAAACCAAAUGCCACUUCCUCAACCUGUGAAAAACUGCAUCCAACUGGCUUCGUGCAGUUCAAACCAGUUACUACCUAUGAAUCCAGAAUUGCCAGCUGACCUGUUUACAUCGUGCCUGACAACACCUAUUAAAAUUGCUCUACGAUGGUUUUGUUACCAAAAAAGCAGUAGCUUAGUAAGCGGUAUCACCCCUGAACUUGUUGAUAAGAUUCCUGGACAGUUGAAUGACAGACGGACACCUUUAGGUGAACUUAACUGGAUCUUCACAGCCGUUACAGAUACUAUUGCCUGGAAUUCAUUGCCCAGAGAUUUGUUUCAAAAAUUGUUUCGUCAAGAUUUACUAGUUGCCAGCUUAUUUCGCAACUUCCUCCUGGCUGAGAGGAUCAUGAGGUCAUAUAAUUGUACACCGAUCUCAAGUCCUCGCUUACCACAAACAUACCAGCAUGCCAUGUGGCAAGCCUGGGAUCUGGCAGUUGAUAUAUGUCUAUCACAACUGCCUGCAUUAAUACAAGGCAAGGAGUACAAACACAGUCCAUUCUUUGGUGAGCAACUAACAGCAUUCCAGGUCUGGCUGACUGUUGGCUCUGACAAACGAAACCCACCAGAACAGCUGCCUAUAGUAUUGCAGGUUUUACUAAGUCAAGUUCAUCGGUUGCGCGCUCUUGAUCUACUUGGGCGAUUUCUUGAUCUUGGACCGUGGGCUGUUAGUCUCGCCUUGUCAGUAGGAAUUUUCCCUUAUGUAUUAAAGUUACUGCAGAGCUCAGCCCGCGAGCUUAGGCCCUUACUAGUCUUCAUCUGGGCUAAGAUAUUAGCUGUAGACAGGUCUUGCCAAGCAGACCUUGUCAAGGACCAUGGCCAUAAGUACUUCUUAUCUGUACUUGCUGAUCCAUUUAUGCCUGCUGAGCACAGGACAAUGGCAGCAUUUGUGUUGGCUAUGAUUGUUCAUGAUUACAGAAAUGGACAGGAGGCAGCUUUACAAGGCAAUGUGAUUGCCAUAUGUCUAGAACAGCUCAACGACAGCCAUCCUCUGCUGCGCCAGUGGUUAGCGCUCUGCCUAGCUAGAGUGUGGACAAAAAAAGAACUGUAUCACCGAAAUGCAUGUGGGAAUACAAAAAAUGGGCGCCAUGUACGUCUGGUUCUAAAAACUAUCUGCCAAUCUCACGUCGCAGUGAAUACUGUACGUAGGGCGGAGGAGCUUGUUGUUUCGCUUUAUCAAUUGAUCCAACAAUUCGAAGGACAGUUCGCGUCCGUGGCACGGCAGAUACUUGAAGAUCAGGACAUGCUUGAUGAACGGAAUACACCCGCUGCAAUUGCACCUGGUGGGUGGGAGGUGGUGUUAAAUCCCACCGGUAAAACUAACGAUUUUGAGGCGCACCGCCGAAUGUCCAUGCCAAUGAAUUCCACUGUGCGAAAGCAAACUCGUAUGCAUCGGAACCACAGCCUUGCAUCAGUACACAACGUAUAUCGCAAUGGUACCCAAAGUUCCCCUUCCUCCUCUGGAACUGCCUCUCCAAAAAUUGGUUCAGUUCCCGAGAACGCUUCAUUACACCCACCUACCAUGACACGACUUCAUAGUAAUAGCUGGUCCAGUAAAGCGUUGAGUAAAAUCUUCGGAUCAGCAAGUAACGUAUAUACCCAAAUAUGGAAAGUUAUGCUAAUGCUAGCAAGUGACCCUCAUCACGAAGUUAAGCAACUUGCGCAUUCGUUGGUAAAUGCCAUUAAUCUUAAGGUUACAGUGACAGGGAAACCAAGGCAUAUGAAAGACACGAGGCAGACCUUCUCAGCACCAUCCAGUCCAGUAAGAAACUAUGACGAACCAUCGGGAAUAAUUGGAGGACCACCAGAUGAGGAAUUAAGAAUACCAAAUGAAAUUGUGCGGCCAGUGGCGUUGCGACCAGGAGAACCUGCUCCUCCAGAAAGACCCCAGAAUCCAGCUCCAAUUGGAUCCCAGUUCCCUCAUUCCCACCAAUUCCCAAGAACUAGGAAAAUAUUUGAUAAAGGACCUACCACAGCAGCUACUCUUGAAGAUGUCCGUGAUAUGAGCACAACACAAAAUUUGAAAAUAUCAACUGAAUUUUUAGAAUGGAGCUGCAAGUAUUUUGCAAGAUCAGUAAUGAAGCUUCCAGAAGAAAUGGAUCCAAGUAGCUUUGUACAUCGGGAAAGGGAAUGGAGGUUUGUUCGCAAUAGUCGUGUACGUCGUGAAGCUGAAGAACAGAUACAAAGAGCAUCUGCUAGUACCUUAGAUGACCAGAUAUUUAUCAAUAAAAAUCAAGGGACACCAUUUGUUGUAAAGUUCCAUCCAUAUGACCCACAUAUAGCUGUAGCAGACAAGGAAGGUGUAUGCAUUUGGAACUGGGAACAAGGCGGGAAGAUAAAUUACUUUUCAAAUCAAAAUCCACGAAGUACCAAAAUCACAUCAAUGGAUUUCAUGAAUGCUCAUGAUUUACCAUUGUUAUUCACAGGGUCAGAUGAUGGCUGUGUUCGAAUAUGGAGGGAGUAUACAAGCCCAGCAGGUUCUGGACUGGAAUUAGUGACUGCCUGGCAGGCCCUGUCAGAGAUGUUGCCUUCUUCUAGAGGUUCUGGUCUUGUCGUUGACUGGGAACAGGAGUCAGGAAUGCUGCUGGCAUCUGGUGAUGUUCGUGCAAUAAGAGUAUGGGACACUCAGAGAGAAAUUAAACUACAAGAUAUACCUACUGGAGCUGAUAGUUGUAUUACGAGCCUUGCUUGCGAUUCUGUUGGGAGGUCAUUACUGAUAGCUGGCUGCGGAGAUGGGUCAGUUAGGCUGUAUGACCGUCGAUUAACUCCUCUUGAUAGUCGUGUGCUAACAUUACGGGAACACAGUAGCUGGGUUGUCAACGUCCAUCUUCAAAAAGGCGGCGAGGGAAAAAUUAUAAGUGCAAGUGUAAGUGGAGAUGUACGUUUUUGGGAUCCACGGUUCACCGAAUCAGUUAAGGUGAUUAACACAAUACCAAAUGUCCAGGCAAUGGACGUCCAUCAGAAUGCUGGCAUUUUGGCUUGUGGCUCGCACCAUCAGCUCAUCAGUAUUUAUAAUUUAGCAGGAGACACUCUGAGCACUAUAAAGUACUAUGAAGGGUUCAUAGGUCAGCGCAUUGGUCCCAUCAACUGCUUAGCCUUCCAUCCUCAUAGAGUCCAUUUAGCAGCCGGAAGCACCGAUUCAUUCCUGUCUAUAUAUUCCACAGACAAGAAGAGAUAAAGCUGUAACAAAUUGAAUUUUAACUUAGGCAAUCAUAAUCAGAAAGGUUUUGUGAUUGCAAGAAGCCAUUUUGAUAAAGCUCAUUUUGUAUUAUACUAUAAAAUGCCUAGUAAUAGCGAGCUUUCAAUUGCAUGAUGACGGUAGGAAGUAAAAUGUAAUGACGUAGCAUAAAGUCAUCUGCGCAUGCGAGAACUUUGAGUUCUCGCGGUCGCAUGGAUUCUAAGAUGAAAUAUACGUUGUGCAGAGGAUGUAGGAGAGUCACGCAUGAGUGAAUCCGUUCUAGCGUCAUGUCAUCGCACAAAUUGAAAGCUCGCUUAUGUGUGAGACAUAUCAAACGUUUGUGCGACUCAAAAAACAGAGAGGUUUGUUUACAUAUGAAUUAUAGUUCUAGGGUGAACUAGAUUAAUAUAAGUCUGAUAUUUAAUAUCAUUGUUAUUUCUACCUUCUAAAUUAAUUUUAUAUUUUAUAGUGUACUGUUAAUUGUCUUGAAAAUAUACAGUUAUGUUUUCAUGUCAUUCCAACACAAAUUGAACCUAAGAUCUUAAUGAAGACAGUAAAAGAAAAAUAUGCAACAGCUUAAAGCUAUGGGCAAUAGUAAUGCACCAUAUUGCAGUGAGGUGUGUUUUAGUCUUCGCAUCAUAUGGCAUUGUGAUGUGUUGUAUGCAUCAUAUGGCACUGUGAUGUGUUGUAUGCAUCAUAUGGUGCUGUGAUGUGUUGUACAGUAUGCAUCAUAUGGCAUUGUGAAAUGUACUAUAUCAUAUGGCACUGUGAU